GUCUUGGGGCUCUUUGUGCAGUUUCUGUUUUGUACUGUUUCCUUGGUUAUCUUUAUAUGAUAAAUUUUCUUCUGCAAUAGGGGCUGUAUUUCCCUCAGAAAAUAACAAGCAGGGUGGUCCUAUUUAAGAAGCAUCUUAGGCUGGGUUGUGGUGAGCAAGACAGAGCCAAGAAAGAGGAGCACAAGGGACGGCAGCAACCUCGAAGCUAGUCCAAACUAGUGGGAGGUUGUGUGCAGGAGGAGGAAGACCGAGCUACCUUGAAGCGGCAUCCAUGGCGAGAGGCAAGGUUCAGCUGCGGCGCAUCGAGAACCCGGUGCACCGUCAGGUGACCUUCUGCAAGCGCCGCGCCGGGCUGCUCAAGAAGGCGAAGGAGCUCUCCGUGCUCUGUGACGCCCACAUCGGCAUCAUCAUCUUCUCCGCACACGGCAAGCUCUACGACCUCGCAACCACCGGAAGCAUGGAAGAACUGAUCGAGAGGUACAAGAUUGCAAGUGCCGACGGCCUGCAGGGUGAUGGCUGCGGCGACAAGACAAUGGACCCAAAACAGGAAACAAUGAUGCUGCAGCAAGAAAUCAAUCUGCUCCAGAAGGGCCUCAGGUACAUCUCUGGGAACAGGGCAAAUGAGCACAUGACUGUUCAAGAACUGAAUGCCCUAGAGAGGUACUUAGAGAUAUGGAUGUACAACAUCCGCUCUGCAAAGAUGCAGAUGAUGAUUCAAGAGAUCCAAGCACUGAAAAGCAAGGCAUUAUCUUUGUAUAUGCAGGAAGGCAUGUUGAAAGCUGCUAACGAAAUUCUCCAGGAAAAGAUAGUAGAACAGAGUGGUUUGCUCGACAUAGGCAUGAUGGUAGAUCAGCAGAAUGGGCAUUUUAGUACAGUCCCAAUGAUAGAAGAGAUCACUAACCCACUGACUAUACUGAGUGGCUAUUCUAAUUGUUGGGGCUCAGAGAUGGGCUAUUCCUUCUAACGGUAAUAACACCCUGGGGGGCUUUUCUGUUGAUUAUUAGCAUGUAAGACAAUUAAUAAAGCUUGUGUAAUGGUUUGUUCUGCUACUUUGUUGUAACCUAUAUAGUCCACAGUCCCUCAGGAGUGCCCUGGUAUUGUAUUGUCUUGAGUUGUGCUUUAAUUUCCCUAAAGAACUCUUGAGGAGCUCUGAUGUUGUGUUAUUUCACUUAAUUGAGAUAUCUGUGUUUGUGUUUGGUUCUAA